CUACUCUCGAAAAGAGAGAGAAAAGACAGAGCAUGCAAUUUUUUUUGUGUAUGGACCCAAAUUUUCUUCCACUCGUGUAAUAAAUGGAGAUUUGGAUUCAGCGUCUUUCUUUGACCCAACAACCUCUCCCUAUAUAAUCGAAUCGAAUUCUUCAAGAAAUCCAAAGAGUUGAGAGCAUUGUUUUUGGGUUUUUUAUUUUGGUAGUGAGACAACUCAUUUGAUGCCAAAUUCCAAGGCGCAGGGAAGAAGACGACCGGAGACUGGUCUUUUUCGCUGAUUUUUCCUUGAUUCUUUCGACUAUGGUGACUACAAAGGACGAUGGUUUGCUUGAUACUGGCCAUGCUCGUCUCAAUGAGCUCGGAUACAAACAAGAACUCAAGCGUGACCUCUCGGUCGUCUCUAAUUUCGCGUUUUCGUUUUCGAUUAUCUCGGUUCUUACUGGUAUAACCACUCUUUACAAUAAUGGGCUAAAUUUUGGUGGUCCUGUUUCGUUGGUUUAUGGAUGGUUUAUUGCUGGCGUUUUCACCAUGUUUGUUGGAUUGUCCAUGGCUGAGAUUUGUUCCUCAUAUCCAACUUCUGGAGGUCUCUACUAUUGGAGUGCUAAGCUUGCGGGUCCAAAUUGGGCUCCUUUUGCCUCUUGGAUGACUGGCUGGUUUAACAUUGUUGGACAGGUGGUUCUAAACAUCUUACACCAAAGUUUAAAUUCUUAUAAUCAGGUUAAGCUUUUCUUUUUGUAUCCCCUAACUCAUGGAAGUGAUAUAAUGCAGUGGGCUGUCACAACCAGUAUUGAUUAUUCACUUGCUCAGCUAAUUCAAGUGAUAAUUCUGCUUAGCACAGGGGGUAAAAACAAUGGAGGAUAUGAGGCAUCUAAAUAUGUAGUGAUUGUUUUCCAUGGUGCAAUUUUGUUGGUACAUGCUAUCUUGAACAGCCUGUCCAUUUCAUGGUUGUCUUUCUUUGGACAGUUUGCUGCAGCAUGGAACUUUUUUGGUGUUUUUCUUCUUACAUUCCUCAUCCCCUUGGUGGCAACGGAAAGGGCCAGUCCCGAGUUUGUUUUCACUCAUUUCAAUACUGAUAAUGGGGAAGGAAUUAACAGUAGACUUUACAUAUUUAUUUUGGGACUUCUAAUGAGUCAAUAUACCCUAACUGGGUAUGAUGCAUCUGCUCAUAUGACAGAAGAAACAAUAGAAGCUGAUAAGAAUGGACCAAGGGGAAUUAUUAGCUCCAUUGGGAUAUCAAUUGUUGUUGGUUGGUGUUACAUACUCGGCAUCACUUUUGCCAUUACCAGCAUCCCAAACCUUUUGGAUGAAAACAAUGAUGCUGGAGGAUAUGCCAUUGCCGAAAUAUUUUACCAAGCAUUCAAGAGCAGAUAUGGCAAUGGAGUUGGAGGAAUUAUUUGCUUGGGUGUGGUAGCUGUUGCAAUCUUUUUCUGUGGAAUGAGCUCUGUCACCAGUAACUCCAGAAUGGCUUAUGCAUUCUCCAGAGAUGGAGCGAUGCCAUUUUCGUCAACGUGGCAUAAAGUGAAUGGAAACGAGGUUCCCAUAAAUGCAGUUUGGCUCUCUGCUUUCAUAUCGUUUUGUAUGGCAUUAACGUCUCUUGGAAGCACAGUGGCCUUUAAUGCUAUGGUUUCUAUAGCAACAAUUGGUCUAUACAUUGCAUAUGCCUUGCCCAUAUUUUUUAGAGUGACUUUGGCAAGGAGGUCCUUUGUGCCUGGACCUUUCAAUUUGGGCCACUAUGGAAUCAUCGUCGGUUGGGUGGCAGUUCUUUGGGUGGUUAUAAUUUCAGUCUUCUUUUCGUUGCCUGUCGAGUACCCCAUUACAGACACAACUCUCAACUACACUCCCAUUGCAGUUGGCUGCUUGUUGAUCAUUACCAUUUCUACCUGGAUCGUGAGUGCUCGGCAUUGGUUCAAAGGGCCAGUAACGAACAUACCAAUAUGAAGCUGUGGUCUAUGGAAAUAGGUUUCUCUUCUUUCAAAUGAAUAACAGUUAGAUGAUUUUUAGUUUAUUGUUGUCUUUCUUUUUCCAGUUACUGUUUUGCAGCCAGGGCUUAUGGUUGUUACAUAUGUUCAAGAAUUCUAGAAAAUAACAUGUAUAACAUGCUCGCUUCAAAUAGGAAUUGUAAAAAAAUAGCUUCCUAAAUCGAGUGUAGUUAAGUUCAUUGCUGAUAUAUUAAUUCAUAUUCCAACUUUA